GUUGGUUCAGGAGCGUCGGGGAGAAUGCUUCUAGCCAAGGGCAGUUUGGAUCGCAAGCUGUACGUAGCAAAGCAGAUCGAUUUUCAGGCAGGCAACAACGAAGCCGCGCUGUCGUACGCUCUUCACGAAGCAAGGAUCCUGUUCCUCCUGAGACACCCUAGGAUCGUUCACCUGCAUGAUUUCUACCCGCAGUCGUCCAGCAUCUUUCUUGUUCUUGAAUAUUGCGAGCAUGGUGACCUGGCAAAGCAGAUCCAGCAGAGGCUACGAGACGGGGGAAUGGCCUUCGACCCAGAGACAGCGAUCAAGUGGUGGUACCAGCUACUUGACGGCCUCGACUUCUGCCAUGAGCACGGCGUCCUCCAUCGAGAUCUCAAGCCCUCCAACCUCCUCCUUGACUCAGAGUUCGACCUGAAGCUCGCUGACUUCGGCGUGUCUUCCCUUAUCCAUUCUCCUCCUGCACCUGAGCGCGUCGGAAGUCGGCGGUACAUGGCGCCUGAGGUAGUAGAGGAGCUGAAGUACUCAACAAAGAGCGACGUCUGGUCUGCAGGCAUCGUGAUGAUGGAGGCGUUGACGCUGAAG